AUGGAUCCUGUUCUCGAAACCGACGACGACCCUCAGGACUGGUCAAUCGAUCAAGUCGUCUACGAACUCUGCCAGCGCUCAACUCCGCGUUGGUUCAACAACCAAAAGCCUCAGUUGAUCCCUGACCGCCAUCGCUUGGAGGAUGCUCUUCGGCGAAACCAUGUCGAUGGGGACAAUCUGCUCGCUCUCGACAUACCCACUCUGAAGGACGACCUGGGGAUCCCGUCAUUUGGUCAGAGACGAGCCAUCAUGAGAGCGGUGGAGUAUUUCCGUUCGAUCUCCAAAGGCUAUCAGCGGACAUUAUUUCAAGCAGACGGUUUCACCCGGAUGCGCUCAGCCACAUAUAACUCCCCUCAGAUAACCCAGUCUCGGAUUUCGGAAGUUUCACAAUCUCCCGCAUUCUAUGGUCUCGGCGUCCAACCCUCUAUUGAGCCACUGCAUCCUGUUCCGUCACCUUCUCUUACCAGUGCGGCGGGCCAGCAGCGGGUCGUUUCUAAGGGUCCCACCUUCAGUUCACCUGGGUUGGCGACUUUUAGCGUUGCUGAUCCCUCAGUUCCAAGCGUUCGCCCUUCCAAUCAUCGUCCCUACCAUGUUUCCCGGUCACAAUCAAACCCUACUGUCGCUGGCCCUCUGGUAAACGGUGUGGUUGAUGAUGUCGCCUCUAAAACUCGAAAUCAACUACCGCCUCCUCUGUUACUGCAGCCAUCAAGAGAACAUGCUGGCGGUAACGGCAAGAGGAGAAUCGCGCCGACUCGUCUACCCGAGGCCACUCCAGUAAAGUCAAAUCAGGACGCCUAUCUCGGCCAGGAUCCGCUUCCUGUACAGGAUGUAUUCUACUACAAAAUUCCAACUGGAUUUACUGAUGAAUUCUUGUAUGCGGUCGCUGCCGAGGAACCAGUUUCAUUCCAUAUCUCCGCCGAUUUGCCUGCUGGCCAACGUCGCACAAUAGGUCGAUUAAUGAGAUCUUUCCUACGUCAAGGCACGACUAUCCUACCUGAAAGCGGAUGGAGGAUCAAGAUACCCUAUGGCAAGUCCAGGGUCAAGCCUCCGUAUUCCGAACAAUACUUUACCUUGUUCCCGCCCGGCAGCGGUCGGGCAAGGGUACAUAAAGUAGAAGAGUUUCCCGAGCUCACAGCUCUCCAGGAGGAUCAGCCACGGAGUUCCGUCCUCCACUUACCUGAGAGCGCGCGAGGUGACUCUCUUGAGGUCUCUGUAGGGGAAAACGGCGGUAGUUCGAAUUGGUCCGGCCUGGAAUACCUUCUGGAUAAGUACCCAGUGGAGGAUUCUGAUGGGCUCCCUCUUUAUGGCGAGUCGGGGGAUGAAAACGAGCUCGACGAUGACACCAGGAAGGAGAUUGAAGCAGAGAAGGCGGACGAAGAGAAAUUGCGCACCCCGUCUUCCAAUAUGACGCCAACUGAGGUCGAGAGCGUGAUAGACGCGACCAUAGAUGCAUACAGGCAGGAGUGGCGCGAAUCAAAGUUCGUGGUUGCCCAAAGGAAGGCCUAUCGUCACUGGAUGCUUGCAGCCCGCAACAAAUGUCGACAAGAAAAGAGUGACUCCUUCAACCGCGAAACGAAUCGCCUUCUGUGCAGGUUGCAAAUCAUAAGACGUGAGAUCGCUCGAAUGACCUGGCACAAGCCGGAUGAAGUCAGGAGACAAUGCCAAAGUCUCGAAUUGACCGUCCAUCAGCACCAAGAAAACGAGUACUAUGUCCAGGCCAUGCUCCAGGACACUCCACCCGAAAAACCUCCUAAAGAUGCGCUUAAAGCGAUACGGGCUCCAAAACCCCCAGUCCUGGAGGAAGAUGAAGAGCUCCUCGAAUCCGAGCCAGAAACAUCAAGUGAUGAAGAUAGGUUAUCGUUCAUUGACGACACCUCUGACCAGGAUACUAUAUACCACAUCCCGGACGCAGAAAGCUGGGAGCCUAUCAUUCCCUCGACAACAAGAAAGCCUAGUGCAACGGUCGUACGUCCGAAAGUUCCCAUCGAUAAUCGUCAGUACUCGGUGCCUGACAUUAAUGCUAACGACGCGGAUAUCGAAAGCGAAGAUGAAGAUGAGAUCAUUACCCCAGCUCGUCACCGAAAGGCAAUACACAUGAAGACCGAAGGUUCUCGAACCUCAGAUACCACACGUGCCGCACAUGUGAAGUGGAAGCCUUCCAAGGCUCAUCAUUCCACUUCCGACUCUUCGGACCUAGACGUCUCUCCACGUCUUCCGAACUCUAGAUAUCGAAAGAAAGGGCGUUCUGCGGCUGCACCUGUUGAUCUGACAUGCGAUUCCCCCUCUGGAGCUGAAAAGAGCGCCAACGAUACUUCUACUGACUGGAGCGUUCACACACCAGAACUCAAUCCCGUUCAAAGUCGAGUAGACAUCCCAAAGAAGAACUCGAAGCAUAUUCUUGUUCUGGACUCAACAGACUCUGAAUUGGAGAAUCUGUCUUCCCAAGAUGACACCAGCUUACCAGGGGUGAACGAUUUUCAGGGUUUGAGACGUGCAUCAUGGGCAGAUAUAGACCCUAUCGACAAACGGCGGGCGCUUGCAAAGGCCGUGUACGAACUUAGGCCAGGCGCAGCUACCGGCCUGGCCAUAUUUCUGGGCUCCAUCGCAGAUUCCAGCCAGGCUCGGGAGACGGUCAUUAUCAAUGGUCUCGCUGCUCUUGAGGAAAGGGAAAGAGAAGAAAGAGGCAUGAUCCCAGGGGUCGAGCCAGACCAUCAAUUGAGCGCCAGGUUACUGGUUUUGCUCUAUGUAACAUAUAUUUGUGGUCAGAAUGCGCUCGAAAAUUUCGAGCUUCUGGAACUCCAUAAGGACGAGGCACUUGCGGACAAAGAUACUGCCCUCGUUCCAUUCUACACUUCACUGGUGAAGGUCGUGGAGACAUAUCUCAGGAACCAAACAAGAUUUCAGACACCAACAAAUGGCAGGAAAAGAAAGCGAGCCUCAGACUCUCUCUCUAUUCCUGAAACAGAGGACGAUGCAGACGAACAGAUGACAGAUGUUACAUUGAAUGAAUCGUUGGAAGAGGCUCAGCCUUCGUCCCACAAGAAGCGCAAGCGCAAAGUGAAAGAAAGCCAGGAGGCGAAGUCCCUUCAACAUACCGACAAGGCCAGGAUUCAAGCACAAGAAGAGCGACGGAAAAACAUGGCCGAAAAGCUGGCUCUGAUGCAAGUCGAUGGGAAUGCAGUCUGUAUUGUCAAUUUAGAAGAACCACAUGUCAGACUGCAUCAACAUAUUGCUCAACGCAUCAAGCCUCAUCAAGUCAAUGGCCUGCAGUUUAUGUGGCGCGAGAUUGUUGAAGACCCAAAACAUCAAGGUUGUAUCCUGGCGCAUACCAUGGGACUCGGUAAGACGAUGCAGGUGGUCUCUUUACUUGUGACGAUCUCUCUUUGCAACCAGAGUAAGGAUCCAAAGGUCAGGAGCCAUAUCCCACCACAUCUGCGUAAAAGCAAGACCCUCAUACUUUGCCCUGCUUCUCUGUUGAACAAUUGGGAAGAUGAGCUCCUGAUGUGGACUCCUGAUCCUGCCGUUCUGGGGGUUAUUCACAAGGUCGACUCGAACUAUCAACAAGACAAUAUUCAAACUAUCAGGGCCUGGUCGAAGCAAGGCGGUGUUCUUCUUAUUGGGUACGAACGGUUUAGAGGUGCAAUCACGGCUAGCAUCACAGCAAAAGAAAAGGGUACUGUUCCGGUCGACCUUGAACAGAUUCUGUUGCAAGAACCAAACCUGGUCAUUGCAGAUGAAGCCCACAUGUUGAAAAAUGCCAAGUCGAAAAUAGGACAGAUUGCCAAACGCUUUAAGACAUCGAGCAGGAUCGCCCUGUCGGGUUCUCCUCUCAACAAUCAUCUUGAAGAAUACCAUACUAUGGUCGACUGGAUCGCGCCAGGUUAUCUAGGAGACAUAGUCCAGUUUCGCUCCAAAUACUCGGAGCCCAUUAUGGGGGGACUUUAUUCGGAUAGCACAGCCCACGAGAAGCGGAUGUCCUUGCGCAAGUUACAUGUGCUCAAACGAGACCUUGAUCCCAAAAUCAAUCGAGCUGACAUUAGCGCCAUCGAGAAAGAUAUGCCCUCAAAGACCGAAUACUUCAUCACGAUUCCCCUUACAGACCUACAGAGACAGGCAUACGACAUCUAUGUCUAUCACAUGCGGAAAUUAUGCGAGUCAAGGGAUGAUAUGAAACCUCGCUCUCCGAAAAUCAUCGCGGGCUGGCUUGCAAUGCUCUCAUGGCUCUGCCACCAUCCUGCUGGGUUCGUUACCAAGAUGAAGGAGCAUGAGCAAAAUGCGAAUGAGGAUCAGCGGAUCCCCAACGACAGUCACGGCACGAGCGACCCUAGCGACAGUGCCGACGAGACCUUGGCUUUGGAUGAGGCCAACGCGAACGCUCGUCAUGAGGUCGUGGGGCCCAUGCGGGAGGCAACACAGCAAGCCCUACCCAUUCUCCCAGAUACGACCGACCCUAGCAACAGUACGGACGAGAUCAUGGCUUUGGGUCAGGUCAGCGAGAACGUUCCCCUUUACGUCAAGGGGCCUAUGCGAGAGGCAAUGCGGCGAGCCCUACAGCUUUUCCCGGAUACGAGCGAGCGACAGGCGCUUUAUGAUCCGAGUCUGUCCUACCGCACGCAUGCCGUCAAACGCAUCUUGGAAAAGGCUAAUGAAGCUGGAGACAAAACGUUAAUCUUCAGCCACAGCAUUCCAACUCUGAAUUACUUGGGCCAGAUGCUGCAAGACAUGAAGACAUCUUUUUGUCGCAUCGACGGCGACACAAAGGCCUCGGACCGGCAAGCCUUCACCAAGGAGUUCAAUCAGACAGAUUACUACCGGGUUUUCUUGAUCUCCAUACGGGCUGGAGGCCUUGGAUUAAACCUCCAGGGUGCAAACCGAGUGAUUAUCUUCGAUUUUAGCUUCAACCCGAUAUGGGAACAGCAGGCGAUUGGCCGAGCCUAUCGACUGAAUCAACGAAGACCGGUUUUCGUCUAUCGUUUCCAAGCAGGGGGGACAUUUGAGGACAAACUGUUCAACGCUUCGGUUUUCAAAACCCAGCUCUUCGGCCGCGUUGUCGACAAGAAGAACCCAAGACGACAUGCCACUAAGGCGGACCAUACAGACUAUCUAUUUGACGUCAAGGACGUUCCAAAGGCCGACUUCACCGACGCCCUCGGGCGGGAUCCGAAAGUCCUCGAUGCUAUUAUUGGCGAACUCAAGUUCGUUCGCAACAUCGUGCUGACUGAGACUUUCCAAAAGGAGGACGAUGAACAACUGGACGCCGAGGCUGAGAAGGAGGCAGAAGAAGAGUACAAUGAUCAGCGUUUGCAGCGAGAAGAUCCUGCAGCGUGGCAAGCGAAACAAGAUGCUCGCCUUGCUGCAGAGCGAAGUCAACGACAACAACGACAACAAUAUCAACAAUAUCAAUAUCAACACUAUCAAUAUCAACAACAACAAUAUCAACAACAACAACAAUAUCAACGAUAUCAUCCAUACCAUGGUGCAACGCCCCCGUUCAUAAAUUUCGCACAUGACUCAUCGUAUCCAGCACUCGAUCGAAGAGCCGGACUCAGUACCAACAGGUCAGGGUCUUUUAUGCACAGCUUUGUACCACCUCCUUUUGGGAGGCAACAUCUGAAUGCACCGCCAGGACCUCAACCAGUCUACGUGCCACCUCAUACGGCUGGGUCGUAUGAUGACACUUUUCAAAACUUCGUCCCGGGAUGUCAUAAUCCUCGUCGUGCCUCAAGCACCGAGCCCGAUGUCACAAAGUCAUGA